AUGAAUAAUAAUCUCAAAAAUACCUAUAAUCAAAUCUCUGAUGUUUUUUCAAAGACCUAAAUUAAGAAUGCUGUCGAAUCUCUAAAAACUUACAAAGAUAGAUUAAAAUUAAUUGAUUCCAUUAUUGAUAGAAGAUAAGAAAUCAUUUAAGCCAACGAUUUCUCCAAAAUUUCAAAGUAUGCUUAAACUUUUUCUAAAAUGAUCAUCAAAUUCAAAAAUCCUGAAGAAAAUGAUAUGGCUAUUAACUAAAGACUCUAAAUGUAGAUGGUAAUAAACAAGUUUCUUUAAAAAAAUAUCAAACAUUCUCUAAGUCCUCCAUCAUUACCUAAAGAAUUAAUCUAAGAUUCUAUCACUUCACCUUUAUCGCAUAAAAAGAAUUUCACUUUAAAAAAGCCAUCUCAAAGGACCAAUCGCUAUUUUAGCUCUUUAGACUCUUUAAAUAAUCAAAGCAAAUGGCUUGACAUAAAAAGUGAUGAAGAAAGGGAUAUUAGAUCUUUAGAAAAAAAAAUUAAACAAAGUCUUAUUCUUAAAACUAGAAUUAGUUAGGAUCUAAAUCAGAAAGUAAGAAAUUUCUAGUAUCUUUAAGGAAUAGGAUAACAACUUAAAACUUUAUUUAAAAAAAUAAGGAUUAUGUAGAAAAAAUAAAAUUAUAUAAUCUUCAGAACCAAUAUUACCUGCUUUAAGUGAAAGUGAAUAAUAAAAUUAAUCCAAAUAAACAGAAUUUAAAAUAAAAGACGCAUAAGAAUUUAAUUGUUAAUAUCUCAAUUAAAUUUAAUUGAAACAAUAAUUUUAAUAAUUUCCAGAUAAAGGGGCAAUCCUUAAAUCUAAUAAAAAAUAUCAAACUAAAAGAGAAAUUUUUGAUAAAUCUAACAUAAUACUAUGUUCACUCAAAAUAUGA